GUCGGUGGAUGACGUCACCCAAUAACACGUCACCACACGGAAGCUUUCAGAUCAACCUGCGAGACGUGUCCCGUGGUCUUAUAGAAAUAUGGGUGGCUUCUUCUCCAGUCUUUUCUCUGGCCUAUUUGGAACCAGGGAGAUGAGAAUUCUCAUCUUAGGUUUGGAUGGUGCAGGGAAAACUACUAUUCUGUACCGGCUGCAAGUUGGAGAGGUGGUCACCACAAUUCCCACGAUCGGCUUUAAUGUGGAGACAGUCACAUACAAAAAUCUUAAGUUCCAAGUGUGGGAUCUGGGAGGCCAGACGAGCAUCCGGCCAUACUGGCGGUGCUACUACUCCAACACGGACGCCGUCAUCUACGUGGUGGACAGCAGCGACCGUGACCGAAUGGGCAUCUCGAAGUCCGAGCUUGUGGCCAUGUUAGAGGAGGAGGAACUGAAGAAGGCCAUCCUGGUGGUGUUUGCCAAUAAGCAAGACAUGGACCAGGCCAUGACGCCGGCAGAGGUGGCCACCGCGCUGGGCCUCCCCGCCCUCAAAGACAGGAAGUGGCAGAUCUUCAAAACCUCGGCGACCAAAGGCACAGGUUUAGAUGAAGCUAUGGAGUGGUUGGUGGAUUCACUCAAGAGUCGGCAGUAGACUAAAAUAAGACAUCGACACUCGUCCCCUUAUUUGUAAAUAUCCUUCUGUAUGAAGCCACGUGACUGACCUCGCGUCCCGCCUACUCCGGCCAAACCUGGGACUGAAAAGCAGAGGCCUCGUUUCUACAGACGGCGUGAAGCAUUGUUGGAACGCAGUGACGGACGGACCAGGUUACACUUAUUACUAGGAAAUCAAAGAGAGUCACCAAGUAUAACAUUAAACCUGGGUGGCCUUUGGUCGGAUCUCUUCGCUCCCAUCACCCGGAAGUCUCGACCGCUUAAAACGAACGAGAGACGCCGUGACGCUCCGCCAAUUCUUUACACUCAAAGUGUUAUUGCAGUCUCUUUUUGUACUUUUAGUAGAUCCAUUUUCCUCCCCA